UGACACACCGGUGUGCCACUCAGUCGUUGACUAACUGCAAGUCACACAAGUCCUCCCACUGUUGUUGAUUCUCUUUUGAUGCCAGUUGCAUCAUCAUCAGUUUAUUUGCAGUUUGUUUUUUGUUACUCAAUUCCCCAAAAUUUCCAUUUAGUUCAAUUGACAGUGACUCCGUUUAAAAAGAAAAGAAAAUCUGGUCGCCUAUUGUUGUGUCAUCGUGUGUAGCCACAGGCGAUUCCGCGCAACAUAUUCCGCAGUUCUUUUGGUUUUUGUUACUUUGUUUUUCUCUUACGUAAUGACACUAGACAAUCAGCUGAUUUGUACUGAUAAGAUGGCCGUCUCCGCCUCACCCCGCACCAACACAACUAGUGGCAGCGGUUUGAGUUUCAGCAUUUCUCGGCUUUUAGAGAAAGCUUCGAGCAGUGACGAUGCGGCAGCGGCCGCAAUGGACCUGAAACCGGCCGUUAAAAAUCACAAAGCCGCUGACGUGUUGCUUAACCGAGAAAGUCCGCCGGAUUCGCCGCUGGACGUGGACGACGAUAUGGCAGAAGAAAGUGACGAAGACGAUGAGGAUGUCAAAGUUCAUGAUUCCGGUGAUGAGGAAUCCACCGCAUCACGAAGGGAUGAUUCGAAAAUGGCCGACUAUUCUAGUCAUCCGCCGCAUCCGUCGAUGGGCAUCGACUGGUACGCCCUUUACGCCCUGCAGCAACAGCAACAACAUCAACAUCAUCAGGGAAUGAUUCCGUCACAUCUCAUGCAACAGCACCACAAUUCCGGUGCCGGAUUUGCAGCAAAUCGGGGAGGGCCUUCCGGAAUGUUGAACGCUGGCUCGUAUCUCAGUUAUCCGUCAACCGGUCCCGGCUCCAAUGCAACCAACAACGGAUCAGCUGGAGCACCUGCUGCAUCUUACCCUGGUCAUCCUCCUCCACACGGAUUAUCUUCCUCUUCUCAGCAUUCGCCAUUAUCUCCAGCCAGCCUCCAUCAUCAUCACAUGAACGGCGGACUCAAUCCGGCCGGCAUUCCUAACGCCUUUGCCGCACUGUUGGAAGCCACCGUCUUUAAAGACAGACUCGCUGCAGGAUUUCCGUUGGCCAGACGUAUCGGACAUCCGUACCAGCAACGAACGCCGCCCAAGAGGAAAAAACCUCGCACUUCAUUCACCCGUUUGCAGGUGUGCGAGUUGGAGAAACGAUUUCACAAGCAGAAAUACCUGGCGUCAGCCGAGCGCGCCGCCCUGGCCAAACUGCUCAAGAUGACCGACGCCCAGGUGAAAACCUGGUUCCAAAAUCGGCGCACCAAAUGGAGACGCCAAACAGCCGAGGAAAGAGAAGCUGAACGUCAAGCAGCCAACCGGUUGAUGUUGUCGAUCCAGGCGGAGGCGAUGACGAAGACGCUUUAUCCAGUGACGUCAGUGGCGCCAUCACAACGAUCCUCAUCUUCAAUGCAGCACGACGCCUCGCAAACAACGACAGGGGUGCAAAACAACAGGUCGGAUUUGCGGAUGAGUCCGACAGCGACGUCACUCAACGCCCUACAAAGUUUGCAACCGUGGGCGGAAUCGACGUCGUCGGAAUCCGGAGGUAACCGAACGGCCACAUCGCCCGGCUAUCAUCAUCAUCAUCACUGAGAAAGAAUUGCGGAAUUUUUCUGAUAUCUCCAUUACGAUUUGGGGUAGGGGGGGGGGGAUGUUAUCUAUAAUUAUGAAAGAUGAAAAUUAUUAUUCAGAUGAAUUUCAACGUUCACGCGCUUUACAGUAUAAUGUCAACACUCUUUAUGUCUCUCAAUUUUUAAAUUUUUUUAAACACACUUUCAUUUGUUUUCGUUUGUAAAUAAAUGUCGAUACGUUUUUAUUUGUUUUUUGUUUUUUCCCCGUGUUAUUUGAGUGAACAUCCUCCUCUCUUUUAUCAUGUGGGCGUUUUCCGAAAACAAAUCACCUGGGGAGCUGUAGAGAGACCUGCUUUUGUUUUUUUUAAAUCUCGUUUUUGUUUUUGAUUUUUUUUUUUUACAUUUUGAUUUUAUUUGUUCAUUUGAACUGUUGUCACAGCACAAGUUUCUCUCUCUCUCCCUUUCGCUCUGUUUGUGCGUGAUUGUGACUCUCUUGUGUGUGUGUCUGUGAAUGUGUGUCUAUUUUCCGGCGACCUCAAUUAUCCAACACCUUAACCAACAAUAACAAUCCGAAUAACAACAAUAAAAAGGAAAAAUUGUCAGCA